CGUUUCUCUUUCCCACCUCUCUCGCAACACAGCACUCACGAUCGCUUCAUCAACAAGUUGUUGACAGUAACACAACCUUAAACCCCCUUCCAAACCCAUCUCUAUUUUCGCUUUUAUUUUUUCGCUUCCACCAUCGCCAAUACCGCUAUCACUCCCACUCCUCGACCGUCAAAAAGCUUGCAGCAUAAAAUGCGGUCGCUCCUACAUCGAUUUCGGUCACGAAAACUUUCGCCAACCAGCGUCAACGGCAACGGCAUCCGUAAAACGACUGACGUAGCGGAUGGGCCACCGAAGAAUUCAGACGAGACGGCAGCCAUCAUGGACGAGCUUGAACGGACGUUUGAAGUCUCGUUGACUCAGAUGAAAAUGAUAUCCGAACAGCUCAAGAAAGAAAUGCAAAAAGGCUUGGACCGCGAAGGCGCCACAGGUAAUACGAGAAGCUUUGUCUCCUAUUCCCCCUGUUACUACGGUUGCUCAGCAAUCUUUUUUUCCUUUUUCUACAACUUCCUAUAUGCAAUAAAAUCAUGCUUAAAUUGCUUGCUUAUGUUAUUUACUAAAUUAAAACAUUUUUACACACGCGCGCGAACAACUACAACGACAACAAAAAUAUGUAACAAUGGCACAUGUAUAUAGUCGCAAUGAUCCCAACCUUUAGUUCAAAAUCCAUCAGCAGAAAUACAAAGUCCCUAUCCCAUUAAAAGAAGGCGAUUUCCGCGAUUUAUGCGACUUCAUCGCCGAUUGUGUAGAUGCCUUUAUCAGCAGUUUAAGUGAUUCUACU